AUGACUGUCCAAACCUCAGAAAUAGCGGCGAAUGCCCAUGCCAGAUGGAAUGGUAACGGCAAACCAGUGGCUCUCUGGUUGGACUGUGAUACCGGGCACGAUGAUGCAUUUGCAAUUUUGCUUUCUGCUCAAUGUCCGGCUUUGAGAUUGUUGGGAAUCAGCACUAUCUAUGGCAAUGCUCCUCUGGUCAAGACGACGCAAAACACGAGAUCUAUCUUGAGGGCGAUUGGCAGAGAGGAUGUUCCUGUGUAUGCCGGUGCUAGCAAGCCUUUUUGCCGUCCGGCAGCUUCAGCUCCUGAUAUUCACGGAGAGUCUGGAUUGGAUGGCACUACCGUUUUGCCUGAGCCAGGGGCACCAGAACGAACGGAUAUGUCUGCAAUGUUGGCUAUGUACAAGGCUCUGAUAGCAGAACCACCAAAGACGGCAUGGCUUGUCGCAACAGGUUGUCUCACAAAUGCUGCAUUGCUGUUCAACACUUUCCCUGAUGUGGUCGAUCACAUCGCUGGUCUGACCAUUAUGGGAGGCGCUGUUGGAGGCGGUUUCACAAACGCUCCAAUGGGUUCACUCGAAGGUCAGGGAGAAAGAUUUGGCAAUUGGACGCCCUUUGCAGAAUUCAACAUCUACAUUGACCCCGAAUCCGCGCAAUCCAUCUUCAGCAACCCCGUCCUUGCGGCAAAGACCACAGUUGCUCCACUAGAUUUGACACAUCAGAUGUUGGCAACACCAGAGAUAUGUUUGGAGCUGCUCUACGGGUUUGACGCAAAAGUGGAUGAUGGCACAGAAGCUUCGGUCCUCCGCGUUUUGUUCAACCAAAUCCUCACCUUCUUCGCAAAGACAUAUGCCGACGUCUUUGGAUUGACAGAAGGACCUCCGCUACACGAUCCCUUGGCUGUCGCCAUGGUUGUUUUCCCUGACCUAUUUGACGACAAGGGUGGUGAAAGAUUCGCGAUCAAAGUUGUCAUCGACGGCGAACAUGGUGUCGAUGAAAUUGCUAGAACGACAUCUCAGUGCGGACGCACUAUUCUGACACCGUUGAAGGCGGGUCAGGCUGGUGUACGUGUGCCUAGAGGGUUGGAUGCAGGUCUCAUCUGGAGGAUUUUGGACUUGUGCUUGAAGCAGGCCGAGGGCGAGAAGCCCGAAACCAUGGUCAUGUCGGCACUUUGGAUCGCUGCUGAUGACGAGUAA